AUGGACAGCCAGCGGCAGCAGAGCGUGGCUUACGACUGGGUCGAGGCCAUGCUGGACGACGUCCUGCCGCCGACCACUGAGCUGGAGGAGUCGCUGCGGCACGGCGUGCACCUGGCGCGCCUGGCGCUGCUGCUGCGCCCCGACACCUCGCGGCGCGUCUACGACCUGCAGCUUACGCGCUACGCCGCCAGGGGCCUGCAGUUCCGGCACACGGAUAACAUCAACAUCUGGACACAAACCAUGCGGGAGAUGGGGCUACCACAGAUCUUCAUCCCGACGACCACGGAUGUGUACGAGAAGAAGAACAUGCCGAAGACGGUGUACUGCAUCCACGCGCUCAGCCUGUUCGCCUUCAAGCUGGGCCGGGGCCCACAGAUGCCCGACCUGCUGGGCAAAGCCGUCUUCACGGAUGCCGAGAUUGACGCCGUGUCGGCCGAGCUGCGCAAGUACGGCCUCAGCCUGCCGACGUUCAGCAAGAUCGGCGGCAUCCUGGCGCGCGAGAUGCCCGUCGACAAGGCGGCCCUUCACGCGGCCGUCAUCGUCAUUAACGAGGCCAUCGACCGACAGGUACCCGCCGAGACGCUGGCCGGCCUGCAAAACCCGAACGCUCACCUGCGGGAGGUGGCGGCCGAGAAAUGCUGACCUCUACCAGAGCC